AUGGCGACGACAAACAGACGUUUGGACGAGCCGUCUGCUCUUCCAGAAUCUACGCCGAACCCGAUUCCCUCCUCUUCACCUGCCUUUGCGACGCCCGCACAUCCCAUCCUCCCCCGUCGAACAGCGCCGAUUCCCGCGCCGCCCGCUUUGAAGGCUGCUCCCCCGAAGCCUACAAUUCUUCCUAUACUGCUUCCGCCGGCGACUCUACGGCCACUUGCAUUCCGGACCUUUACGAAAAAGCAUAAUCUCACCCUCACCUCCUCUGCGCUUCAAGCUCUUGCAACCUUUAUUGGACGGCACUGUGGGUCGGGAUGGCGAGAAGAAGGCCUUGCAGAGCGCGUUUUAGAAGAGGUAGCAAAGAGCUGGAAGAAGGGCGGCGGACAAGUAAUCGUCGAUGGUGACGGGGCCGCUCUAAAGGCGAUUCUGAAAGCCAUUGAAGGGUCCAUGAGUGGUGGAAGGAUAGUACAGAGCAGCCAUUCCGCGCUGAGCAGGCAAGGAAGUUUAGUAUUUGGGCCGGAUGUCAAUGUGGAAGAUAGUGCGGCGACAAGACCACCGUUGGGACAUAAUGAGAGCUUUGGAAUAUCCCGGCUUGAAGUCGAGGACCCUCAGGAGGAAGAAGAGGCAUACAAGGACGCUCGCGACUGGAUACAAGUUGUAGGGGCAUUUGAGCAGCCAAGAUUAGUCUACAGUGUUAACAAGAAACACUUUGAGAAAAGCACCAGCACGCCAUCCCUCUUCCCUCAACCCUCGCACAAGACAGACCUCUUUCGACACCAUUUUCAUAUUGUUCACCAACGCAUACUACGAAAUGAUACGUUUCAAGCGCCUUCUUUCUCAGCGAAUAGAUCCGCGUCGUUGGCCCGUACGUCGUCACUGUCGACCUCGCAAACCACCACUAUAACCCCCAUUGCCAAUCUGCUAGGCCGUACCGGUAGUACUCACCUCCUGUUAGGUCUUCUUACAGUGUCUCCAACAGGGACGCUUGCCCUCUCAGACCUUACAGGUUCAAUAGCCUUAGACCUUCAACAUGCUCGUCCAAUCCCAGAAGACGGUACCUACUUCGCCCCUGGCAUGAUUGUCCUCGUAGACGGCACCUACGAAGAAGACUACAGCAACCCAACUUCAAAUUCGGCUCUGGGUAACACCGGCGGCAUAGGAGGCAACAUUGGCGGUAAAUUCAUCGGCUUUUCAGUAGGCCAUCCACCCUGCGAGCGGCGUUCUACAACCCUCGGCAGUACCUCUGAUCAAGAUGCAAACCAAGCUUCAACCACCACUGGCCCAGCUUUCGGUUGGACAGAUUUCCUUGGACUGGGCUCAGAACGCGCAACAGGAGCACGCAUGUCCCGUCUCGCCAACCGUCUAUUGCCCACAACAUCCACCCACAAUAUCGCAAUAGCGUCAGACCUCCACCUAGACGUCCCGAGCACGCUCUCGUCCCUCCGCACCCUGUUGAAAACUUAUACGCCUCACCCGACCGAUACUCAUCCAAACUAUCCCCUAGCCAUCGUCCUCAUGGGCAACUUUUCCUCUCGCGCAUCGUUAGCAGGCGUCCCCGGCGCAGGGUCCAUAGAGUACAAAGAGCACUUUGACGCGCUCGCAGCCGUGCUGGCAGAGUUUCCAGAGCUAAUCGCUCAUACCACUCUCGUCUUAGUUCCAGGCGAUAACGACGCCUGGCCCUCCGCCUUCUCUGCUGGCGCCUCGGCCCCCUUGCCAAGGAAAGCCGUCCCCACUAUCUUCACAAGCAGGAUACGGAGGGUCGUCGCUGAGGCAAAUCGCGAAAUCUGGGGAACUGGCGGUGCAAAGACGGGCGAAAAGUGGAAAGAGGGGAAGCGGAAAGAAGGCGAGGUCGUGUGGACCACCAACCCAAGUCGAUUGAGCUGGUUCGGCGUCAAAGGCGAGAUGGUGCUCUUCAGAGACGAUGUCCUAGGUAGGCUCAGCAGAACAGCCAUUCGAUUCGGGAAUGCCAAAGAGCAAGAGGAGCAAGUUGCGUCGCCGACAGCAGAGCCUGGGGAAGAUGAUACGCAGCCCAUGGACCUCGAUCCGCCUAUACUGAGGGAUCAACUAGAGCCACUGGAUCCGGAUACGCUCACCGCUCGCGCUUUGACCCGCACGCUACUAUCGCAGUCACAUCUCUCGCCGUUCCCGUUAUCGACGAGGCCGCUGCACUGGGACUAUGCGAGCGCGCUAAGCCUGUAUCCGCUCCCGAGUGCGCUUGUAGUAGCUGAUAAAGAGGCUCCAGCUUUUGUGGUUAAGUAUAGCGGGUGUACUGUGAUGAAUCCUGGUCCGAUUAGCGAGGAAGUUGGCAGAGGGAGAGGACACGGGAAGGCUAGGUGGGUGGAGUUUGAUGUUGGGAGCGGGAGAGGGUUAGCCAGGAAUGAGGGAUAGAUGAGUACGUUGCCGGCUAUCUAGGACUCUCCGCAGGAGUCAGGAGUCUGGGCUUAUUCGGUGUGAAAGAGGACCUGUACUAGGUGGCGCAUAUGACGGCAUUUAGGAAUGAUAUGGCGAUGAUGAGAGGGGUUCAAUGUGAGUGUAAUGAUGUGUUGGACUGAGACUUCAACAGAUAUCUUCCGCAGGAUGAACCAGGUAUCAUGAAGGUAAUAAUAGCUAGGCCUAUUAUCUAUAAGCGUCCCGUAGGCUAUAGAGGGCACCGCGCCUUAUCUUUCCUACAGGGGUGAUUUGUACAGAGGAUAAUGCAGCCAAUUAUAGAUUUGGAUGAAGAU